CAUGUCCUUCACACAACAAAACGUACAUUAAACAUUCAGUUCCAGGGCACAGUACACGUCCAGGGAGUUGCCGUGGCGGUCGUUGAACUAGCUGAAAAAGUCUUCCGCAGCGAGCACUUGCGGAAAGUGGUACGGGUGGUAGCCAGCUAGUAUGAGCUCUGCGGAUGGGGAGGCGGCCGGGCCCGGCAGCGGGGGUUGCGAGGACUUCGCCGAGCUGUUGCUCGGAGAAGUGACGGGCCCGGAAGGCAUGGACGGCGGCUCAGUGCAGAUGCUCAUCGAGAUGGCCAAGUCUGGGGACAUAGACACGGUGGCUGACACGCUGAGCUACCUGGUCGAGGCGGGGGCGCCCGACAAGGCAGCAGCCUGCCUGCGGCGCUUGAUGGCGGGCAGUAAGCCGGCUGACGGCGCCGCCGCUGCAGCUCCUGCUGCCGGCGCCAUCGCCAGCGCCGCGCCUGCGCCUGCGCCCGCAGCUAGCAAGCCGGCACCUCUCAACUACAGCAUAGCUGCCAAGGUGGUGAACCGGCUGGUGGAGCUGGGCAGUCUGACUGAGGCGCAGGAGCUGCUCAAGUUCAUGCUGGUGGCCCGGGAGACCGACAGCCCCGCGGCACCGCCGAGUGGCGGCGCGGCCGCGGCGGCGGCGCAGCAGGGCAAGAUGCUCGACUGCUACGACGUGUCGCGGGUGCUUGGGGCCAUGGUCCCAGAGGACGCGGCCGACUCGGCUGGGCGGAUACUGUUCGCGCUCUACUCGAGCGACAGCGAUGAGGACGGCGCGGCGUCGCAGACGCUGGUCCCCUUCAUCCUGGGCACGCUGCUGGACCACGAGCAGCUGGACCAGGCCGUGGAGCUGGGCAAGCAGCUCAUGUACACCACGCUGGAGGAGAUCGAUGCGGGCCAGGGCGAGUACGACUACUCGGUGCUGGGCUGGUGCAUGGCGCAGAUGGUGUGGUACGGCCGCGCGGACUGGGCGGCCAAGCUGAGUGUGGCGCUGGAGAAGGAGGACGACAUCGACUGGUUCAACCCGCAGGAGAUGAUGGGCAGCGUCGCGAGCUGGGGUGACCAGAACUACUCGGCGACCAUCGUCAACUUCAUGCGUGACCUCAAAAUCAAGGAGGGCGGUGGAGCGCCUGGCGCAGAGGCGGGCCCCGGAGGCGGCCGCGGCGGGGGCCGCGGACGUGGCGAGUACGGCGGCCGCGGGGAGUAUGGCGGCCGCGGGGCUUACGGUGGGCGUGGCGAGUACGGUGGGCGUGGCGAGUACGGCGGCCGGGGCGAGUACGGCGGCCGCGGGGAGUACGGCGGCCGCGGGGAGUAUGGCGGCCGUGGUGACUACGGCGGUCGCGGUGACUAUGGCGGUCGCGGUGGCUACGGCGGCCGUGGUGACUACGGCGGCGGUCGUGGCGACUACGGCGGUCGCGGUGAUUACGGCGGCGGCUAUGGCGGGGGAUACGGUGGCCGCGGUGGCGGCCGCUACGGGGGGCGCUACUAGAUUGUGUGUUCGGUCUGGUGUUGAUGGGCGUUCUGUGCUGUGAUGCUCCGUACUAGAUGACGGUCAUGCAUGUGGGAGCCUGACUGGGUGGUGGAGCGCUGCUACUCUUUUGGGUAUGCCAUCGGCACCACGGACCGACCCUGUUGUUUGUACAACAAGUGGUGACCAACUGGGCACUGUGGUCAGGCAGGUGGUGAUGGCUGGAGCUUGGACACAUUUACGCAUGCCAUAGCUUGACUGUGUCGGCCUCCGUCGACCCUGUUUUUAUCUGCAUGGUGCGGCUGGUGACUGGUUACGCGCAGACAUGUUGGUUUGUCAUUGUUGGAUGUGGUUGUGCAUUCUCGAGUUGACAGGAAUGUUUGCAGCGCAGGAGAUGUGCGCCGAUAAGCAUGAUACGGUGUUUCAAGCCCGCACCGCAAGUAACUGCUUGCGUCAUCGUUGGCUGUAAAGACCAUCGGCUGUGUCAGGGUGCCUGCGUGAAGGCCUAACUAAAGCCCACAUGUUUCGGGUGCUCCGAAGGCAAGGCUUACGGCUCUCACCCCUAUCCCUACCAAGUGACUGUCCGCCCGGCUUAGCGCGGGGAUCCGUGGAAGUCGAGCCAGCUCAUGCGGCCGUGCCGCUCUCAGGCGGUGUCCCAGUCCCUGAGGCAAGCAAGCUGCCGACCAGCUGUCACAGAUGUGACAAAACGAUACGGUAUGCGUGUGCGGUGUGCCCUGCGCGUCACUCAUGCGUGGAUAAGCGUGCUGUCGCGUGUAGCAUUAUUGCUAUUUGCCUGUUGUUUGUUGCCUGCUGUGCUUGUACUUGACAGCAUGAGGUAGUUUCAACGUCUUCGGCCAGACAUUGCACCAACAUGGCGUGGCGGCACAGCCCGCUUUCCCCUCGAGAGGAAGAGCCACCUUUCUUGUCUUCCCGGGUAGAUGACA